GGGCUAUAAAAGCCACAGGCCACAGAAGCUACCAGUUGCAGUCAAUUUGUGGGAUUAACCAGCGCAACAUCUACCCAAGACAACAAUCAUGAAGUACCUCGCCUUGACCCUGUUUGUGUGCCUGGUGGCCCUUGCUCUGGUGUAUGCAGUGCCCGUGGAUGAGUCCCUGAUCGGGGAUAAUAUCUAUCAGCCGGCCUUCGAUGAUGUCCAGCGUCCCCAGGAUCCGCAGGCCAUCUUCAAGCUGAAGAAGCUGCUCAAGCUGAAGAAACUGUUGGGUUAGGAAGGGCUAGGAAUGUCUGUGCCAUAUAUCACUCGGCAGAGAUCAGCUCCGAUUCUAGUCCAUACAACAAACCUCCAACCACAUUCAAUCCACAACAACAAGCUGGGAGUGCCAUAUGCACUCAACAACGUUCAACCCGUUUUACCUAGAUAAUUCCAUAAUAUCCCAUACACCACACCACACCACACCACUCACAUGCAUACGAGUAGAGUUAUACGUAAUCGUAACUAAAAUAAAUGUACUUUUCAUACAACAAAA